ACAAACCUCUGCCAGAUCGCGUCAUAAACAUUACGCCUAAUUUCGCGUCGUGAUGUUUCCAGGAAGUGACUCGUUAUCAGGAGGGGCACUCAUAGAUCCUUGACUACGCGACUAAUAAUUAUUCUCUCAAGGACGAUUUCUGCAGGCGCGCAAUAGAAAAGUCACAGUUUGCCAAUAUUAUUGUGAUGCAGCAACGAAAACGAGUCGCAUCCAGAAACUGAGGUGCGGUUCCCAGAAGUGUUCCUCGAAAUCGACCUUUGUACCUUUAACCUGUUCUCCAACCUUUCGUGAUUGAAAUUAAGAACGGAGGCUUAUGGGGAUGAUCUUCGGAGAAUCCUUAGAAAAAAAUUUGCACUCGUGUCAGCUGAAGACGGAAUAGGUGCAUAUAUUUGAGCUGGAGACCGAGAGGCCGCAAUUUUUCGAACUGCUUCGAACUGCCGAAGUGGCUUCUUCGAGAAUUUAAAUAUCCCCGCAGCUUUCAAUCUAACAUCCCCCGCGGGGAAGCCGCGCGGGAAAGAUGAAAACAAUCUGGGUAAUCGGCGGGCCGGGAUGCGGCAAAGGAACGCAAUGCGAUCGCAUGAUCGAGAAGUAUGGGUUUCUUCACUUGAGCAGCGGCGACUUGCUGCGGGCAGAAGUCGCCAGCGGCAGCGAGAGGGGUGCGUCGCUUCAAGAUCUGAUGUCCAAAGGAUUGUUUGUGCCAACGGACAUCGUGCUGGAGCUCAUAAAGGAAAAGAUGGACAAGGCUCGCAAGGAAGGAGUCACGAAGACUGGAUUUCUCAUCGAUGGUUACCCCCGUGAAAAGGAUCAGGGAAUUCUCUUUGAGGAAAAGGUUUGCCCCGUCGAUUUAAUCCUCUUCUUCGAUGUAGCAAACGACACUUUGAAGAAGAGACUUCUCGGACGCGCCGCUGUGUCCCAAAGAGCGGAUGACAAUGAGGAAACAAUCGAAAAAAGAAUCAAAAUAUUUAACGAGAAGAACAGCGAGAUCAUUGAACAUUACAAAGACAAAGUUGUCAGAAUUAAUGCGGAAGGAACAGUGGAUGAAAUAUUCGUCGAGGUAACGAAAGCGCUGGACACUUUAUUAGCUUAGAUAAAGCACUUGGAAAUUUUUAAAGAGCUAUGAGCCCAAAGAGAUUUAUGUUAUUCUUUAAAAUAAAUCUUUCAAAAUUAUUACAUUCUAGA